AUCACGUCCCGCAAGUGAGAGACGCACUGGGUUUCUAGAGGGAAGCGGAUCGCUCACUGCGGUAAAAAAAAAUUGUGCUAAACACUGAAGACAGAAGAAGUUUCUCUUUAUUCUAAGGUGAUUGUUCAACCAAAAGAUGAAUUUCGAGCAGCCCCCUCCAUACAAUGGCCCCAGUGCUCCAGGCUAUCCACCUCAGGGUUACCCUCCGCCGGUGAACAUGCAGCAGCCUAAUCCAGGUUACCCUAACUACCCCGCCGGACCAGUGGGCCCCGGUGGUCCUUAUCCUGGUCCAGGACAGCCUCCUUAUCAAGGGUACCCUGGACAACCACAAUAUGGCUGGCAGGGGGGGCCCCCUCCUGGGCCUAUGUAUGGGGAAGCUCCCAAAAAUACAGUGUAUGUGGUGGAGGACAGGAGAAGAGAUGACACAGGAGACACAUGCCUGACAGCCUGCUGGACAGCUCUGUGUUGCUGCUGUCUCUGGGACAUGCUGACAUAACGUAUUCCCAAACUGUCCACUCCCAUUACCCACGAGCCCCCCGCUCCUGUGCCUCGAACCCCAUCACCCUCUCCCCCAUCUGCCUUAAACCCCGCGCUCCCUCCAAAACACCCUUCCAUCUUCUCUACCAGUCUUUUGCUCGUCUAUAAAUAUAAACCUCGGUCCCAUAUGGACAUCUCGAUGUGAAGCCCUCACCGCUGUCUGACCGACAGACAGACUGACUGACCCUGUCCAGGGGCUACUGUGUAGCAGCUUGUAACCGAGCUCCUAAACAUAACCUGGAUCUCAGGCUCUUCAUUGUAAUCUUACACCAACACACCACAGGCACAGACACACACACACCAAGGUAGAUACACAAUAACACAUACAGUGUAUUUGGAUCUCAGGCUCAUCUAGUGUGAGGCUCUUUGGCACUUUAUGAUCAUUACCUCUCUGAGAUACUACUCCUGCCUGCCCUGUCAGUCAUCUCCAACCCUCCCCAACGCUCCUUCAGCUAGGCUACUUCCCAUUGCCAAGGACACUCCUUUAUCUUGGACCCUCCAUAACCCAAAGGCCACCAAGACCCUGUCUGCCAAUGAGCCAUAGGGCGCUCUUAAGAAGCUAAUGAUUGAAAUGUAUCCCUUUCAUUUGCACAGAAGCUGUUUUUGCCGACGUUUGUCUUCAUUGAAAUCAUACAACAGUAAAUGGAAUGGGUUUUUAAGGAAGACGGUGAUUUAUGUUUGAUUACUGUUAACAUUCGAUGGCCUCAAUGUUUUUUCUUUUUCAUGGUGAUCUUGAUAUGAAAAAUUAUUCCAAUGUUAUUUUUAUUACAUACCUUGCAGAUAAAACCGAAAAACGAAAAAAAUUGUGAUUGCUUAACAGAGGAAACCAAAUAAUCUGUCAGAUGCCUUUUUGCUUUGAAUGAAAAUCUUGCAUUAAAAUAAUUUAUUCCAGUGAA